CUCCUCAGGCGCGGCAGUCCUGUCAGGAUGGAGUCCUCGGUGGGCGGGAAGCGCGGCACGCGGAGCACUGGAGCCGGGGCCUCGGCCUCCUCGUCGGCCUCCUCUCCGUCCCCGGCGCGGAUCACGCGGCUGCAGGAGAAGGAGGACCUGCAGGAGCUGAACGACCGCCUGGCCGUGUACAUCGACAAGGUGCGCUCGCUGGAGUCGGAGAACGCGGGCCUGCGGCUCCGGAUCUGCGAGUCCGAGGAGGAGGUCAGCCGCGAGGUCAGCGGGCUCAAGGGCGCCUACGAGGCCGAGCUGGCCGACGCCCGGAAGACCCUCGACUCCGUCGCCAAGGAGCGGGCCAGGCUCCAGCUCGAGCUCGCCAAGACGCGCGAGGAGCACAAGGAGCUCAAGGCCAGGAAUGCCAAGAAGGAAGGGGACCUGCUCUCGGCGCAAGCCCGGCUGAAGGACCUGGAGGCGCUGCUCAACUCCAAGGAGGCCGCCCUCAGCACCGCCCUGGGAGAGAAGCGCACCCUCGACACCGAAGCCCGCGACCUCCGCGCACAGCUGGCCAAGGUGGAGGCCGCUUUGGCCGAGGUCAAGAAGCAGCUUCAGGACGAAAUGCUGCGCCGGGUGGACGCCGAGAACCGCCUCCAGACCCUGAAGGAGGAGCUGGACUUCCAGAAGAACAUCUACAGCGAGGAGCUGCGUGAGAGCAAGCGCCGGCACGAGACGCGCCUGGUGGAGAUUGACAGCGGGCGCCAGCAGGAGUUUGAGAGCAAGCUGGCCGAGGCCCUGCAUGACCUGAGGGGCCAGCACGAGGCCCAGGUGCGCAUGUACAAGGACGAGCUGGAGAAGACCUACAGCGCCAAGGUGAGCCCCCCCCUCGACCCUCGGCCCAACCCACGUCCCCCCCUCCUCCUCCUCCUCCUCCUCACGGUUUCUGGGCCCCUCUCUCUUGGCCUCCCUCUCUCUCUGCAGCUGGAGAAUGCCAAGCAGUCGGCCGAGAGGAACAGCAGCAUGGCGGGGGCCGCCCACGAGGAGCUGCAGCAGACGCGCAUACGCAUCGACAGCCUCUCCGCUCAGCUCAGCCAGCUCCAGAAGCAGCUGGCGGCCAAGGAGGCCAAGCUGCGGGACCUGGAGGACGCGCUGGUGCGGGAGCGGGACAGCAGCCGCCGCAUCCUGGCCGAGAAGGAGCGCGAGAUGGCCGACAUGCGGGCCCGCAUGCAGCAGCAGCUGGACGAGUACCAGGAGCUCCUGGACAUCAAGCUGGCCCUGGACAUGGAGAUCAACGCCUACCGCAAGCUCCUGGAGGGAGAGGAGGAGAGGCUGCGCCUGUCUCCCAGCCCCACCUCCCAGAAGAGCGGCUCUCGCACCCGCAUCUCCCACUCCUCCUCCUCCUCCAUGCAGAGUUCGGCCAAGAAGCGCAAGCUGGGGGCCGGCAGCACCGGCGGCGGAGAGAGCCGCACCAACUUCUCCCACCACGCCCGGACCACCGGAAGGGUCGCCGUGGAGGAAGUGGACCUGGAGGGGAAGUUCAUCCGCCUCCGCAACAAGUCCAGCGAGGACCAGGCGCUGGGGAGCUGGCAGAUCAAGCGCCAGAACGGAGAAGAGGCCCCCAUCGUGUAUCGGUUCCCCCCAAAGUUCACCCUGAAAGCGGGGCAGGUGGUGACGAUCUGGGCCUCGGGGGCCGGGGUCAGCCACAACCCUCCGACCGACAUGGUCUGGAAGAACCAGUCCUCCUGGGGAUCCGGGGACAGCCUCCGCACCGCCCUCCUCACCUCCUCCGGAGAGGAAGUGGCCAUGCGGAAGUUGGUGCGCACCAUCGUGGUCAAUGAUGAGGACGACGACGAUGAAGACGAAGACGGUCUCCACCACCGUCACCACCAUAGCCACUGCAGUGCCUCUGGGGACCCCGGGGAGUACAACCUGCGCUCGCGCACCAUCCUGUGUGGCUCCUGUGGGCAGCCGGCCGAGAAGUCCGGGGGGGCCUCCAACUCCUCCGCCACCGCGGCCGCAGGGGGGGCCACCACCACCCUCUCCUCGGGGGGCUCCUCCUCCUCCAGCCUGACCAUCACCCGCAGCUACCGCACGGGGGGCUCCAGCCUGGCCGAGGGGCUCCUGCCCCGCUCCUACAUCCUGGGAGGAGCCAGCCCCCACCAGCAGGCUCCUCAAAACUGCAGCAUCAUGUAAUGGCCGUCCGUCUUUCCGCCUGCCGAGCGACAUCAUGUUCCUUAACGUUUUGCAGAUGGAAGAAGACAAAAAAAAAAAGAUUUUUUUUUAAAAAAAGUUAAUUUUCUACACCAGGAAUUUAUACUUUAGUAGAUAGAUAGAAAGAUAGAUAAAUAGAUCUAUAGACAUAUAUAUACAUAGCGAGAGAGAGAGAUAUAUAUUAAAAAAACGCUAAAAAGAUGUAUCAGGAGUUUUUUUAAGGAAGGAAAAAAACACAGUUUUUUCAGCCAAAAAUAAUAAUAAUAGUAAUAAUAAUAGUAAUUCCCUUGUAACAAAAAAGAGACAAAGCCAAAGAGGCGAAUGCCAAAAAAGAGACCCCGUGUUCUCAUGCUAUGUGUGUGUGUUUACUCCGUGUACUUGUUUCCUCCCUUUGGAUACCAAAUUGGCGUGUUGUUGUUGUGUUGUCUUGUCAAAGGGAGCGCACCCCUCGGAGCGCAAGGCCCUUUGCGGCCACCUUGGGGGCCUUCCCCUUUGUUUUUGCACUUGACGUCUCUCUUUUGUGGGAAUUGAGGGGAUUUCCUUCCUCUUUUGGGGUCCACGUCUGCCUCAAGAUGCACUUAGAUCCUCCUCACAAAUGGAGAGACUCGUUUCAAGUCCAGCUUUUGAGGUUCCGGGUGCGAAAAGCGGCCCCAAUUAAUGCAAUUAGUUGUGGGAUUACUUGCCGUUUCGAUUCAGGUUAACACCUGACGCAUCAGUAAAUGGGUUUAGGAUUAUAAAUCCCAUUCCCAGCCAUUUAAAUGCAAAAUCAGACCAACGCUGAGGUAAAUUUCAGACCAACGUUGAGGUAAAUUUCAGGCCAACGUUCUGAUAUUUUUAAGUUUGGUUUUUGAGGUUCUGGAUGCAAAGAGUGGCCCUAAUUAAUACAGUUAGUUGUGGGAUGAUUUGUUGUUUAGAUUCGGAAAGGAAUUCAGGUUACAACCUGACACUUUCUUAAAUUAGCCAGGACUACAAAUCCCAUUCUCAAAAUAAUCCCGGUUAUUUAGAUGCAAAAUCAGACAAACAUUGUGUAAUUUCAGAAGUUGGGUUUGGAGGUUCUGGAUUCAAAGAGUGCCUCAAAUCAUCCAAUUAACGGUGGGAUUAUUGGUUGGACUCAGAUUACCAUCUGAUACAUUCUUAAAUUGGCCAGGAUUUCAGGCCAACAUUUGUGGUAAUUUCAAGUUCGGCUUUUGAGGUUUCGGAUGCGAAAAGUGGCCCCAGUUAAUCCAAUUAAUUGCGGGAUUAUUUGUUGUUUCGAUCCAGGUUAAUAUCUGAACCAUCUGUAGACAGGUUUGGGAUUAGAAAUCCCAUUCUCGUGAAUAAUCCCAGCCAUUUAAAUUCAAAUUCAUACCAAUGUUGAGGUAAAAUUUAAGAACUGAGAGAUUACCAGAAGUCCCCUUGAUUUCAGUUAAAAUUCAAAGCCAUGUGUUUUUGCAUUGGCUGGGAUUAUAAAUCCAAUGCUCGGGAAUAAUCCCGGCCAUUUAAAUGCAAAAUCAGACUAACAUUGAGGUAAAAUUUAAGAAUUGAGUGAAGACUACCAUAAAUUUCCUUGAUUUCCAUUAAAAUCAAGCAUUUGUACACUGGCUAGGAUUAUGAAUCCCAUUCUCACAAAUAAUCCCGGCCAUUUAAAGGCAAAAUAAAACUAACAUUGAGGUAAAAUUUAAGAAUUGAGUUAAGACUACCAUGAAUUUCCUUGAUUUCCAUUAAAAUCAAGCAUUUGUACAUUGGCUUGGAUUAUGAAUCCCGUUCUCACGAAUAAUCCCAACUAUUUAAAUGCAAAAUCUGACCAACACUGAGGUAAAUUUCAAGCCAACAUUUGUGGUAAUUUCAAGUUUGGCUUUAAAGGUUCCAGAUGCAAAGAGCGGCCCCAAUUAAUCCGGAUAAUUGUGGGGUUAUUUGUUGUCAAUUCAUAAAGACUCAGGUUACAAUCUGGAGUAUCCGUAAACAGGCUAAGAUUAUGAAUCCUAUUCUCCUGCAUAAUCCCAGCCAUUGAAAUGCAAAUUCAGACCAGCGCUGAGGUGAAUUUCAGGCCAACAUUGAAGGACUUUCAGAAGUUCAGAUGCAAAAAGUGGCCCCAACUAAUCUAAUUAAUUGUGAGAUCAUGUGUUGUUUCCAUUCAUGAAGGACUCACUCAGGUUAAUAUCUGAAGCAUCGGUAAACAAGCUAGGAUUGUAAAUCCCAUUCUUGUGAAUAAUUCCAGCCAUUUAAAUUCAAAUUCAAAUCAACGUUGAGGUAAAAAUUGAAGAAUUUAGUGAAUUCCUUUAAUUUCAAUUAAAAUCAUGUUGUACAUUGGCUGGGAUUAUAAAUCCCAUUCUUGUGCAGAAUUCUAGCCAUUUAAAUUCAAAUUCUCUGAGGUAAAUUUUAAGAACGGAAAAGAUUACUUGAGUUAAAUGGCUCAGAAUGGAGUCGGGACUAAAACUGGUUUUAGGCCUGAAGGUUUCCACGGAGCCAGACCAACUUUGAGGUAAAUGUUAAGGAUUGAGUAAUUAAUCAUAGAAUCAAAAAAGUCCCUCAAUUUCAGUUUAAAUCAAGCCUUUUUACAUUGGCUGGGAUUAUCAAUCCCAUUCUUGUGCGUAAUUCUAGCCAUUUAAAUUCAAAUUCAGACCAAUGAUGAGGUAAAUUGGUUUGGAUUACAAAUCCCGUUCUCACGCAUAAUCCCAGCCAUUUAAAUCCAAAUUCAGACUGAUAUUGAGGUAAAUUUUAAUGGUUAGGAAAAGACUAGAAGACGUUCUCUUGAUUUCAGUUAAAAUCAAGGCUUUGUACAUUGGCUGGGAUUAUAAAUCCUGUUCUCGUACAUAAUUCUAUCCAUUUAAAUUCAAAUUUAGUUGAAUGUUGAGGUAAAUUUUAAGUACCAUUGAUUUAAAUGGUUCAAUUGAGUCAGGACUAAAACUGGUCUUAGGCCUGGAGAUUUCCACAGAGCCAAACCAACCCUGAGGUGAAUUUCAAGCUGUGAGAGAAAUUCCCUUUGAUUAUAAUGGUUCAGUUAAAUUGGGACUAAAACUAGUUUUAGGCCUGAAGGUUCAAAAUCCGGAUUAGGAUGCCUUUUAAUCACUUCUAGAUUGAAAAACUUCACAUCUUGUGCCUUGUGGCGGCCCUCGAGGGGAGGACGGGGCCUACGCCGGUGGGGGAAGCCUGCCUCGAUUUGGGAAGGGCCAAUAGCUGUCACCAUGGCGAGGCUGGCUCCUCCCCUUUCCCCUAACUGUGCUUAGCUUGACGCAGCUGUUAAGUUUUCCCGCCUUUUUGCCUGUUUCCAUGGCGACACAGGCUCCUCCCCUUUCCCCGGCCACGCUUGGCUUGACGCCGCUGUUAAUCUCCCUCAGUUUUUCCCGCCUUUUUUGCCUCAUAGAUGCUUGAGCGCCGCUCUGCCAUAAUAGCCAAUACGAAAGAGGUGGGUGGACCUUUCUGUACUGUAUUGUUGUUGUUGUUGUUGUUGUUCUUCAAGGGCGACGAUUACCAGAAACGUGCCUUUUUGGGGGGAAGUGACAGCUUUAUUUAGAGGGUGGGGUUUGUAUCGCUUUUUUGUGAGGGAAGCAUUUCUCCGAAAGGCAGCAAAGAGCGAGGGAAUUUGGCCUUUGGCUUCCUGGGUUUCCUCUCUAAAGAUGAACCAAAGUUGCCUCAGUGGUUUCAGGGGAAAGAGGGUUUUAGUUCUUUGGGGUUCUAGGUGCCAUUUUCUAGGUCUUUCCGCCCACAAAGGAGGACUAGGCCUCAAGCUACGGGUUCCCAUCCUGAGGAAGUUUGGCAGCGAGAAAGAAAUGUUUCAGGGAUUAUCCUUCAUUCUCUUUUUUGUGAUUCUUUAUUGUUUUGCUUGAAUUGUAAAAAAAAAAAAUGGAUGAGAUCUGAGGGAAAAUGUCCCUCAUAAAAGAGAGCCCAUUUGUGGGGAAAUUAGGCCCAGGAGGGAUAUCCGUAGUCAGAGAUCAGUGAGGUCAUCCAUUUGCAUUGAUCAGACCCUCGAAAAACCCUUCUCCGGACCUUUCGGAGAGGAUGAUGACAACGACGACAGACCCAGCCGCUCGAUGCCUUAAAACGGAGCCUUUUCCGGAGCUUUCUCCACAGAUUGUCCAAACGUCCAUUGCAUUUUUUAACUAUGAUUUUGCUUUACCAUGUUUGAUUUCCGCUGCUAUGCUGAGCGCAAAUGACGUUGCUGCCGCCAUUGCCGUCUCUCUGUAUUUCCUUUAAAACCAAUAAUACACUUUAACCAGAAGCCUGUC